CGUUCUCUGAUGAAAGUUGUCAGUUAAUUCUAUAAGUGAACGUCUGGCAGCAUAUAUUUCUAACACGGCGCUGCUUCUGUCAAUGCCAACGUCGCUGCAGCUAGAUGAAACUGACAACGCAGAACAACAACAAUUGUUGUAUUUUCUUUGGAUUUGUUUUCUAUCACCCUCAAAGCUUUAAGAAAGACUUAUUCGAGCGGAUGUGCAGUGAUUUCUUAGAUCUUUUAGUGAACGCAUAGGCCAACAUAAAAUUUCAUUUGUUUAGCAAUAUAUUUGAAAAGAAAACUAAAUAUAAUUUAUUUAAAUUUUUGAUAAAUAUGUGUAGUAAACAAAUGUGGAACCGGCGAAUCCCGGUACUUGUGUUGUUAUUCUGCAUACUGGUUCCUACGACAUUUUCAAAAACUGCCUUUCUCAUUCCACCAAAAAGCCAACACUUCUUUGAGCUCACCAAUGUCGUAUCUAUGCACGACUUGAGCCGUAUGAGCGCCGAGGAAGCCAGUUACAUAUUUCGGGCACAGUUAAAAGUUAACUCAGUAUGGAACACAGAGCGGGAUCAAUUGCUAGAAGUUUUUAUUACAUAUUCGAAAGUCAGUGCACCCGCCAAAGCGCGCAAAUCAAGUAAAAAUGCAGAGAUAACAAAAAUACCUGAUCGACCCUUCUAUGUCAGCCUUGUUGCCGGCAAGCCCCAUAAGGUCAUAGCACACACAUCGCGAGAUCAAUCGCUUCUGAAUUUAGAGCGUGGAUUUGCAUCGCUGUUACUAUUGCAAUACCAAAAUGGUCCCGUCACGGAGGUGGAUGUAUCGGGAAAAUGCAACGCCUUUUAUGCCGUCAAAUCAUCUACAAAUAUUGAAAAGAUCAAAACAGAUUGCUCACAUUGGGAUUUAAAAGUCAAUUACAGAGCUGAAAAAUCAUUGGGUAUAACACAAGUGUCACAAGAAAUUGUUGAAUAUGAACUGAGUGCUGAGGGUGCACUCAUGCAAGCUAUAUCCUCGGAAAAGCAUCGCAUUGGCCUGGCUGCGAAACCAGAUGUGGGCAGCGAAGUGAGCGCUAAGUUUAGUUUAACUCAUCUUGUCGAGAGCGCAGACGUAGUUAAGCAACUGGAGUUUGAUAAGCUUGAUGAUGCGGUUCAAAGUUUGCUGGAGUGGUAUCGUGUUUUUGAUAUUGAGGCAGAUGUAGACGGUGCAAUCAGUGAAAUUAAGGACACCACUCUUAAAAAUGAAAUCGCAAACUUUGUUGCUGAUUUUACGAGCGAAAAUGUGGGCAAACAGUCUCUAGCGCGUGCCAUUGCUGAAUUGCUGCCAGUAGCGCGCAUCACAAAGCAAACCGAAUUCGUUGAGAUCUUAAAAUCCCACAAAGAAUCUGCCCAGCCAACGAUUGAUCUGCUAGCAGCCGUUCAAACAAUUGAUGCCCACAAUGCUAUAACGGAAAUAUACAAUUUUAAUGGCGAUGAUGAUGUUGAGCUUUUGGAGCAAUAUCUCCAAUCUCUCGCUGUUGGCACACAUCCAGAACGUGCGAUUAUCGAAGAUCUCUUCACGCGCUUGCAAACUACCAACGAAAAUGAAAAAAUUACAAAUGCAAAACUGCAAGACUCUGUAAUACAAACGAUCGCCGCGCUUACGCGUCAAUCUGGUUUUGACCCCAACGAUACGCUACUACAAAAAAUCCGUCACUAUCUACUGGAUAACCUUAGUGAAAAAUGUACGGAAAUCGACUGUAAAGUUUUAUAUAUACGUGCGUUGCAAAACUUGCAAGAUGUGAGCACAUUACAAACGCUUUUCGACAGCGCUUUGAAUGGUGCACCAGCGGAAUCUGUUGCUGCAUUACAAGCAUUGAAAAGCUUCUCGAUUGUCAACUUUAACGAAAAGCAACGCAGCAGUCUAGCGGAAAUCUUUUACCAAACCAAACGUAAAUUCGAUACAUCAGCACGUGUCAUCGCUUUAGAAAUACUGCUUGCGCUCAAGCCCACCAAGGAGCAGUUGUGUGAGCUACUCCUUUACUUGAAUUCUAACGAUCAAUAUUUUGAGGUUAAAACAUUCGUUAUACAAAAAUUGCGCAUGUUAGCGGACAAGUGUCCACGCUUUCGGGCGCUUUUAAAAUCCUGCUUAGCAGAACUGCCGGAAGUGAAUAAUUAUCAUGUAAUCGGCCAGAAAGGUCUUACAACUGUGUUGAGCCGACAAAUCUCCCAAACGCCGGCGUUUAACGAAACACUAUUGAGUACACAGGAAAUUUCUCAGGGUGUAUUAAAGCGUGGCACUGUUGAGCUGCUCCUGGGUGCAGGCAAAGACGAAUUUAGCAGUUUUAAGAUCGGUAUUUACACCAGUGGUCUAACAUCCUUCAUUGGGGAUGCUGAAGACGUAUCCGAAGAUGAGGCUGACGAAAGUCCUGCCACCGCUGGUAUGGAAUUAGCUGUGCAGGGUAUACUUCUACGCCCGCUCGUUUUCUUCUCCGGCCAAGGUGAAUUGAUGGGUCAUGUGUGGAGUGGUACGGCCUCGGAACCCACACCAGCUUACCAAGCAACCAUAUUAGCAGAGGAUCACGAGCAUUACGUCAUUCUCGCAUCGGGUGCGACGGUUUACAUGCGUGUGGUGGGCACACGUUCGAUCGAUCUAAAUGGGAAGGUAGAGUUCAGUUUGUGGAAUCGCAAUGCCAACACGGAAAUCAAACAGAACACGGGCACAGCUGUAGUUGGCAGCAUGGUAGCGGGUUUUACUUAUGCAAAAGUGGAAAAUAAGUUUACAUUGACUAGUGAACCGCAUAUAAGUCUGCAGGCUGAUAUUGAUUUCUAUUCGGGCGUUAAAUUGUGUAUGAGAUUGGAACGACCGGACAUGAUAUUGAACUUGUCGUAUACAAAGUCUGUUUAUUUGACACCGAGCUCAUACUACAAACAUAUACGCACGAAAUCCACACAUAAACUCGCCGGUCGCACUUUGGCUUUAAAUCAAAAGAAUAAUGAGAUGUGCAAUAUAAUAUUCAGUGAUUAAGUUAUUAAUAUCAAUUGUGGGGUUAAACAUAUCAGUAUACUCAAUACUCAAAGCUCUCUUCCUUAUAUUGUGAAUCUCGUAUAAUACUACAAAUGUAAAUCAAUAAUUGCCUUAAUUAUACUCACAAAAGUGAUUAAUUUGUAGGAAUUUCCUUUUGUAUAUGAUUAAAACUGUGCAGCAUUUAUAGAGACAAUAAAUAUAUUUUUACAAUCAAAAA